AUGGACGACAACAUUGCUCUUUACGCUCAUCCUUUUCUCUGUGUUGCCUGGAUGUUUAUAUCAGCGGCCGUGGGUGUUGUAAGAAGUGGUAGGGCAAAAAUCGAAGAUUCUGUUAAUCUAGACGUAUUCCAUGCAUUGAAUUUAGCCAGAGACCUAUUGAAUUCAAAAGAGAUUUCGUCUCCACCUCAAAUACUUCCAGCAUCGAGCCUCUGCUGCAUAUCCUGCGGCUCAACCGUUGGUGAAGAGCACACUUCUCUUCAGGGGUUAGAGUUUUUCAAAGCCAGCGUUUCUGUAUCACAGAAAGCAUAUAGUAGUACUUCGAGUACUCAUGUUGACAAGGAACUGCUUGAAUCUUACCCGCCAGAGGUUAUUGUGGGAUUUCAGCUCUUAGAAUGUAUCGAACGAUCAGGUGCAAGGAAGUUUGUAAUGCAUAGCGGCAUAGAAAACAACCAGCAAAAGGAUGGGCUAUUGGUGUGGGUCUUCAACACAGACGUGCGUUAUUCUUACAACAGCAGUGCUUCCUGUGGGAAUCUCAUUAUAUCUGCGAAACGUGCAUUGAAAGUAUUCUACCAACAUCUUGACAAUGUGCAACCCCUGGUAAACCCAGAAUUUGGCUUACUCUCCGCCACGUCCUUGGAAGAAAUCCGUCUUCCACCCCGUCUUUAUGACUGCAUUAAAGGGUCGCUAGAAAGGAGCACUGGUCUAUUGCCUCCAUCGGGUAGGAAGUUUAAAGAAUCACUGACCAUUUCAGCUCAUUAUCACCGUCCUAUCCUGCAGCUUUCAAGCAAGUGGCUAGCUGUAUCCCAGCCCUACGGAGCGAACUCUGACUGGCUAGUUUACCGGUAA